CAAUCUCAGAAUCAAUCACACACCGCGAAAAACUGAAGACACAAUAGUUUACGUCGUAAGAUCUGCAUCCACACGAGAGAUGCUCGUGUUUCACUAAGAAUAAAGAGCGAGAGUACUAGUUAAACAUCAUACUAACUAAUGCUAAAAGUAAUAUGUUAUCUAUCUAUAGCUUAUCGCACGAGCUACUGCCUGCUAUCACACUCUCUUCGCUAAGUUUCAGUAGCAAUCGUUGCUACUGAAACCUUUACUAAUGAACUCCUUCCUCUGAAGAAGUCAUUGAGCAAAGACUUUCUACUGAAAGUAGUUUCUUGUGAUGUACACGCAUAUAUUACUGAGAAACACACUUCUGCCUACCCGUAGUGAAGAAACAGGACAUCCUUCUAGAAGCUUCCGCGGCCGGUCUAGUUAGUUAGCUGCAACUCCUCGCUGUAUCUCGCUAUUCCGUGAGUCACACCUCAUAAUCGUACCUAUUUUAUCUGCCAAUUAUGAGAGAGAGAGAGAAUCAGCCAGUUGUUCUUCAUGAAAUUUGCCUUUGAUUAGGCUGCAAUUAAUGAAAAAUUAAGAUAAUAUCCGUGAUAUAUCUAGACCUUGCUGCUUAGUGCUUACAGACUGAAUUUCGUAGCCGUAAAAGUAUGAGACUCUGUUUUUGUUUAGCCUAAAAUAGAUAUUCUUUCCUCUCAUCUUUUCUUUGAUGUUGAAAGAGUUGGCCUUUGUGCUCACAUUUUCAACAGAAGUUGCUAUCAGAUCAGAAAAAAAUAGGUGGCCUCAAAUAGAGCUAUGAACUGGCUAGAUAAUUGAAUUCGUAUUAUGUGGAACAUACCGGGUGUAAAAGAUGUUGAUGGUGCUCGUUCUGGUUCUCGUUCCCUCUGCUUGUUCACAUUACCGAUUAGGCCGGUCUUGGGGUUGGACGGGGUUCGGAUGGGACAAGAGAGGAAUGGUGGAGUGUAGGUAAAUGCUAGUCAAAUGAAGUGUGAAAGAGGGAACUUAGUUAGAAGAAUAUCUAUGUUAGAAGUUAGAAGGAAGACCAAGUCUAUCAGCGUGAUGAAUGGAGCCAACGACUUGAUGGAGUCAUGUUUCAACAUAUCAGUAUUUAACACAACUCAUCCAACACAAGACUUCACAAGUAGAGAGAGAGAGAGGAUGGCUCUUGGCAAGUAUGUAAUGCUGCUGCUAUGCCAUCUUCUUCUUCUUCUUCUACUCAAAGCUCAUUCCAAAUGCCCCAAAUCCUACCCCUGUGGAAACUUUACUCUUCAAUUUCCCUUCACCGUUAGUAAUGAUCCCCACUGCGGAUUGUAUCUAGUUGAUGGCUGUGAUUCUGCAGAGGGAACUCCAACAUUACGCACACGAGCUCCAUAUCAAAUUCUACGAAAGACAUCCACAAAUGCAUUCCUAAUUCACGACAGAGAGAUUCAAGAAUCACUGGACUCAUCCAAGUGUUAUACUUUCAUUCAUCCGCAUCUGCUCGAGUCUCCUUUCGUUUCAUUUACAUUCUCUCCUAACAUCACCUUCUUCACAUGCUACAAUCAAACUGCCCGACCGAAAAUCCAAGAUUAUUUCCAAAGUUAUCGCAGGUCACGCUGUCAAACCGCUACUAUCUACUACAAACCUCCCCCAGCUCAUCAGGAUCGUGCUCUGCCUACUCCUCCAGAUUGUGUAUUCAGUCGACUACCUUACAAGUCCGGCAACAUCUCAGCUGAUCCAUUACAUCUCCUAACUGCUGAUUUCACUCUAGAGUGGAGUGUUCAUCAAGAUUGUUACGAAUGCCACCAUGGAGGAGGACAGUGUUAUAGUGACAACCAGCAGCAGUUCUACUGCCGCAAAAAAGAAAAUAAGUCAAGGAAGAUAUUAUUAGCUACAUUGAUACCUGGAUCUGCUCUGUUGCUUGCCUGCGCCUUAUAUAUUUGGCUGCGAAAGAAAAAGAAGGUCGGAUCCUACCUUCUUUCAAGAAACCUAUCUUAUGAUCCCUCCUCGAAAUCGGAUAUAGAAGACGGAAGCUUCAACUUCGGCAUUCCCAUCUUCUCGUACAACGAGCUCGUCGAGGCCACUGGCAAUUUCGACCCUUCAAAAGAGCUCGGUGACGGAGGCUUCGGCACCGUCUACUACGGCAAGCUCCAAGACGGCCGAGAAGUCGCGAUCAAGCGACUCUACGAGCACAACUACCGACGAGUGGAGCAGUUCUUGAACGAGAUCAAGAUCCUCACGAGCCUCCGCCACCCGAACCUUGUCUCGCUCUAUGGAUGCACCUCGCGGCGCAGCCGCGAGCUCCUCCUCGUGUACGAGUACAUCCCCAACGGCACCGUGGCGGACCACCUCCACGGCAAGCGCGCGGCAUCGGCGCCCCUCACGUGGCCGAUGCGGAUGACCAUUGCGAGGGAGACGGCCACCGCGCUCGCCUACCUACACAAGUCGGACAUCAUCCACCGCGACGUCAAGACGAACAACAUCCUGCUCGACGUGAACUUCUCCGUUAAGGUCGCGGAUUUCGGCCUCUCGCGCCUCUUCCCGACCGACGUGACGCACAUCUCCACGGCGCCCCAGGGCACCCCGGGUUACGUGGACCCGGAGUACCACCAGUGCUACCAGCUCACGGACAAGAGCGACGUGUACAGCUUCGGAGUCGUGCUGAUCGAGCUGAUCUCGUCCAUGCCGGCUGUCGACAUAAGCCGGCAUAAGCACGAGAUCAACCUGGCCAACCUUGCCGUGAGCAAGAUCCAGAAAUGCGCGUUCGACGAGCUGAUCGACCCGGCGACCGGGUACAACUCCGACGCGGAGGUGACAAGGAUGACGACGACGGUGGCGGAGCUGGCGUUCCGGUGCCUGCAGCUGGAUAAGGACAUGAGGCCGACGAUGGUGGAGGUGGUGGCGUUCCUCCACGACAUAGAGAGCGGAGGGGACGGCGAUUUCGAGGGGACGAAGGGGAAUUUGGGCGGGAAGAUACCGCCGUCGCCGGAGACGGAUGAGGUGGUGCUGUUGAAGAGUAGGAUUUAUCGGUCGUCGCCGACGGCGGUGACGGACACGUGGAUUAGUAGCACCUCGACGACGGCGAGUUCGGUUGGGUGAUUCUUGAUGUUGUUGGUGUGGACUUACAACAUCAAGAAUCACACUUCUGGUAGAGAUGAGAUGGUGUAUGUGUGUUUGUUUGUGUGAGUGAGUGAGUAAGAAUGGUUUAUAUAUUCUUCCUUUAUUCUAUGUGUAUUUUUCUUGUCUAUUUUUGAGCAAUUGGCAGCGGGAAUGUGCAUAUAAUGAAAGAGAGCUAGCUAGUAGUAUUUCCUUUGCAA